AUGAAAGAUUUACAUCCAUCACUUUCCAUUAUAGAUCGAUGUAAUAUUUCUCAAACAUGUAGAACUUUACACAAUUUCACUUCAACUUUGUAUUCAGCAUUUGACUUUCCACUUUCUCCAAAUAAAAUAACUUCUUUAGCUCAAAAAAGACAAUCUAUAGUAACUGCGGAUAAUUUUCAAAGCGUUCCUACAAUUUUGGUUCGUUCUGGAGUUUACAAUAUUGCAAUUGGGUUUAGUAAUGGUGAUGAUUAUUCCGCCAUAUUUUUUAAUAAAAAAUGUAUUGUCAGAGUUGUCAAGGUUAAACAUCCUAAAUCAUCAUCCUCAAAAAACAGAAUAUUACAAAUCGAAUCUCCUAAAGGCAAAGAUUACUUUGCUCAUACAUCAACUUUAAAUGAUAUAUUGGAAAAGUAUGGAUUGAUCGCAAUUCGUAGAAAUUAUGGUGUUGUUAGUAUGAUUCGAAGGUUUCGUCAAAGAGAUCAAGCCAGCACAAAGGAACCACAAAAGAUUUCAAGUUCUGGAAAUCAAAGAUGGUUUAUCAAGGUAUUGACGCAAUUUCAUUAUAGGUAUUUGAUUUGCCAACAAAAACUUUAUGUCUAUGGCACUUCACUAAAAAAUAGACAUCAGGAAAUUAUAAAUUUUUUAGAUAUUGAAUUUAAAAAUUCUCUAAAAAAAACUUAUCAAUCUUAUUGGUCUAUUAUUAAUAAUAAAAAAUCCCCUCAAUGUUUAGCGACUAAAUUAUCUAAUAGUCUUGGAUCAUCCUCAAAUUUCAGUAUUAAUAAUGAUGAUGGCUAUGAUGGAAAUUUUGAAAAGUUUAUAACAAUGACAGAGAUGGAACAACAAUUAGCACAAUUAAAUGAGCGACACUUGUUCCUUGGUACUCUUAUGGAAAGAUUUAAAUCAGUCAUUUUAGAAAAUCAAAGUUUAGACUCAUGUUUUAUGGUGUUUAGAAAUUAUAAUCUACAGACUUUAUAUGAAAGUUUGCGUACAAACUUGACAAAAGUUUUACAUAAAUAUGAUAAAGUUGUUGUAGUGAUAGAUGAAUUAUCAACAAAAUUUCAAAAUCUUCUUAAACAAUUAUAUGAACAAGAUAUGCGUAAUAAAUAUGCUAUUCUAAACAAAGAAUUGUCCAGUCAGGGUAUAUCUGUUCAACUUGAUGAUAAGAUAAUUCCUGAUACUUUUAAAACAACAUUUUCAUCGUCAUCAUUAUCAUCGAAUUCCAAUAGCGUCUCACCACCUCCUUCAUCAUCACUAUCAUGUCUUGCUCCACUCCCUGCUUCUUAUUUAUCUUCUACCACUAAACAAGUUUCAUAUAAGGUUAAUUUUCCAUACGAAAAUAUAUUUUCACGUAAAAUGACUAUUAAAAACAUGGCACAAAGACAUUUUGAAACAAUGUGCUCAGAGUAUGGAGAUCACACUGCCAGAAUUGAUUAUGAUGAUUAUUGUUCAAGUUCUAAUGAAGAUUUAUCAGAAGAUAAUUAUACCAACAGCCGUGGUAAUGGAAAUGGAUCAUAUAAUUGUUAUAAUAAUAAAAGUUAUUUUUAUGACAUUAAAACAGGCCAACACGUUAGUCAAGAUUAUGCAAAACAAUUUUUCAUAGAUUGGUUUGAACAAAAUUGUGUGAAAUUUUGCAAUAGGUUGUUGGAAGCUGGUGAUUGGUUGAAUGCCAUAUGCUAUAUGUUGUUUAUGGCAAAAUUACUGUUGAAAGAUGAAUGUCAUUGGGUGGAACAGUAUGAUGAAUCGGAAGGUGUUUUCACCAACACCAUUACUGAAUGGCGAUUUGAGAUUGUUGAGAGGAUUGAGAAUGAGUUGAAAAAGUUGACCAAGGAUGUUGUUGGUCCUUCGUUGAAGAAGGGUGAGUGUAUAAAUGGGGAUGAUAUGAAUAGAAUUUGGAAAACUUGGUGGUUGUAUGCUUGUUCAGAGGUUUUGGAUGGGUUGGAAACAAUUGAUAAAGUUUUAGCUGAUUCAUUGCCUUGGUCGAGGUUACCAAAUUUACUUUACGCUUUUCUUUCUAGUACUGUAGAAUAG